GAGAGGAAGGCCAACUACUACGAGAUGGCCCUCAAAACCUGCGCGGGCCGGGCCCACGCCGGCACCAUGAGCCCCGCCGAGGAGGAGGGCUUCUUCGCGUUGUACUCCGAAUUCUUCUCCUCCAUCCGGGACGGCGAGGACUGCGCCGUGGCCGCCGAGGCCGAUGCCGAGGAACUGCAGCGGCUGCCGCCGUUCGGGGCUGCCGCCAGCGGCUGGGCCGAGGUCUCCCUGUUCUACAGGCGCUGGACGGAGUUCUCCACGAGGAAGUCUUUCGAGGACGCCAGCGAGUGGAAGGUGGGGGAGGCGGAGAACCGCAAGCUGAGGAGGGAAAUCGAGAAGCAGAACGCCAAGUUGCGCGAUGCUGCAAAGAAGGACUUCAACUCCGAGGUCCGUCGCCUGGUGGGGUACGUGCAGAAGCGGGACCCCCGCUGGCAGGAGCACGCGGCCGCGAAGGCCAGGGACGACCAGGAGAAGAGCCAGCGUAGGCGUGCCGAGAGGGAGAGCCAGAGGGCCGAGGAGGCGCAGCGGCGGCUGGAGAGGAAGGACGCGACGAGGCGGGCCGAGGAGGAGCGGUGGAAGGAGGUCAGCGCCGUGAGGCAGGCGCGCCGGGAGGAGGGCGAGGCGGUCAGCGACGAGUCCUCCGAGGGCGACCGCCGCCGCCGCCGUCGCCGCCGCGGGCAGGACCGGGAGGCUGAUGCGGCAGGCGACGCCCGGGAGUCCUCGUCCGACUCCGACGGCGGCGAGGAGGGAGCCGCUCUGCCGGCGGAAGGCGCCGCUCCGCCGGCGCCGUGUGCCAGGCGCUUCUCGCCCCCGCCGCGGGUUGGGCGAGAUGCCGCCGAGCAUGGCUCGGAGGGCGAGGGGGCCGAGGAGCGCGGGCUCGCCCGCAGGGGGCGGGCGAGGGCGAGGGCGCAAGCCGUCGAGUACAGGUGCGAGGUUUGCAUGAUGACGUUCGCGACCGACAAGCUUUACGACGGGCACAUGAAGAGCAAAAAACACAGGGCCGAGGUGGCGUUCAAGAGGCAGAUGGAAGAGCUGCUCGCCGAGGAGGGCGCCGACGUCCAGGCGGGCGGCGCCUCUUCCGCCGGCGCCGGCGCCAGCGAGGGCGCGGCGGCCUGUGUCGAUGCGGCCGGCGCCGACGCCGCCUCCGGCGGCGAGGCCUCGGCGCCGUGCCCCGACGAGGGCGGCGGCGACGAGGCCGCGGGCGCCGGGGCGGAAGCAGUGCGGCGCCCCGCCUUCCGUGUGACGAUCCAGGACGACAGGUCGGAGGAGGAGGACGACGGGCGCAGCAGGCGGGAGAAGAAGGCGCGGCAGAAGGAGCUGCAGGAGAGGGCGUCGGAGCGCGCCAGGGCGCCGGGCGACGGCGAAGAGGGGGAGGAGCAGAGCUCGGCCGUCUGA